AUGCCGGUCCCGUAUUCUGACAAUUUGUACUCGGCCGAUGACUCCGACUAUGACCAACUCCCGGACGACAACGACCUCGACGCCCACCUGUCACCUACUGACGGCUACUUCCAGAGCAGUACGUCUUCGUCAGCCGGAGGAAUUUAUCCUCCGCAACAGGAGCACUUCCACAGCCAAGACGACGUAACCGACGCGACGUUCCCUACGUCCGCUGGCGUGCCGCAUGUACCUAACGUCCUCGUCCAGGACCCGUCGCUGCGUCUGCAAGAAGAGGGGCCCUCUACCACGUCCAAGAAAGAUCGCGAAGCAAGAGAAGAGACAAGGUUAAACUCGCCGCCCGUAGGUAGGACCUCGUCACCCGCCGCACCUGCCGACGAGGACUACUAUUACGACGGGGCCUCCACAGCCGACAGCGAGGCGACGCCAUCACAUACGACGACGACAACUGCGUACACCUACACCACCCCCCAAGCCUCCCAGAGCUCGUCGUCUUAUACACCCUACGCGCCCUCCGCCGACGCUCCCCUACGUCCACCCCGGACUCACCCGAGGAGGAACCUUUACUCGCAAACAGCAUCACUAUUUCGUAUCCCCAGAGAGGCACCUCCCGCGUACACGCCGUCACCGACAUCACCACUGGCGUUAUCCCCUACAGAGUUCAGGAACUAUCAGACCUUCAGCAACAGAAUGGGGGCGCCUGAGGAAGAGGCGCGCCUGCUGGGCCGCGACCCCGAGAGCAUGGGCGACGGUUCCUACGACGACGACGAUGACCCAAGGCCGUCGCCUUCAUGGAAGGAUAGAGCCUUCAAGAAGUUCCCCUGGGCAUCGAGGCGGACGUUGAAGAUGGCGCUCCUUGCCGCCUUGGUAUUCUUCACCCUGUCAGGGUUUCUAAGCAUGCUGGCCUCAACUGUCAUAAACAUGCCAUCCGACAAGUCCCCUUCAACGCAGCCUUCAAAGGACUUCGACCCGGUUACCGGCUUGCCCAUUAAGGACGGCCCCUCUCAACCCAGUGAACCAUCCCCGCCAAGCCAGCCUGAUCAACCCGACGCGCCUCAAAGUUCCCUCCCCUGGAAGCCUGCAAGCACGUGCCUGCAGUCGGAGUAUCGUUUCGCCCCUAAAGUCUUCGACGUCUCCUUCAACCCAGACAAGACCCUGAGCAUCCUCCAAGCUGUGGAGAGUAACGUGCCAUCCCGUGGGUACCAACCCCAGGUCUCCGGCGACUUCGUCAUUCGCCGCCAACAAGCCGGCAGCCCGGGCCCCUCCAUCGAUCUCGAGGUUGUCACCAAUGACGAGGCCCUUGACGUCGGCGUUGAGUGGGACUCUGAACAGCAACAGCUCCUGAUCAAGACCCCCCUGCGCGUCGAGUGGAACCGCUCGCUUCGUCCUUGCCUGGCCCUACGCGCAACCAUCUGGGUACCAGAGAAUGCAAAGCUGUCUCAUCUCUACCUCGGCGCGAUGAAUCUCGACGUCAAGAUCGUGGGUGACCUCUCCAUCACCAUCGAGAAUGGCCUCGAGAUCGGCACCAUAUCCGGCGAUGUCCGCACCCCCGUGGAGCCCCCUAGCUCGUACCGCCUCAAUUCACGCGACAUUGUCGUCAAGACCAUCUCCGGCGACAUCACGGGCUGGUGGCCACUAUAUGACUCUCUCAAGAUCAAUUCCGACACGGGCGACAUCACCGCGGGCGUCACCCCUCAACCAGUCCUCGAGUCCAAGCCCCGUUCUGCCGUUCUGGAGGUCACCACCAUUUCGGGCGACAUCAGCGUCAAGGAGCCCCUCAAAGAGGCUUCCCAAAGCAGCAAGCCCGACACCGUCAUCCCGCCGCGCGACUACAUCACCACGAUCGACACCAAGUCAGGCGGCAUUCGCGCCUGGGUCGCCUUCAGCUCCCUUGCUGUUGCCGAGACUCUCAGCGGCGACCUCGCUGCUGAGCUCCUGCCCGUGUUUAACAUCAGCUUGCUGCAGUCCAUCAGGGUGCCCGAGCUGCACACUAAGACCAAGAGCGGCAACGUUGCCGUCAAGAUGCUGGAGCCCAUUUGGGUUGAAAUUGCGAACACCGACGGCGCGCCCGGGGGCGAGAAGCCGAGGGCCAACCCUGACGACCCCGUCGACAUCCCUACUAAUCCUCUGCCUAUGCCCAACAUCCCUAAGAUCCCUCGCAUGCCGGGUGCCCCAUUCAUCCCAGGCGUCGGGAACCCGUACAGACGCAUCCCUGCCCUGGCCGGUAGAUUGGCCGACGCAUGGCCCGUUAGACGCUCCUCAGUCGACGCUUCAACCCAAACCGAAGAGCGCGCUAUCUCGAUCAAUGCCCAGCCGCCGAUGCGCCACCUCAAGUCCACCCACGGCACUAUCAGCGGAAGCAUGGAAAUCCGCUACCCGGGCUCCUGGGAGGGCACCGUCACGGCUGAGUCAACCAGCGGCAAGAUUGAUAUUAGCGGCAACGGCGUCAAUGUCGACAGCAGGACAAAUUGGCCCAAGACCGUCUAUGCGCACAAAGGCCAAGCCUGGGCUUGUGACGCCUCGCUAGGCAGUGUCUCUGGUGACCAGUAUCUCAUCAUCGGCUAG